AUAAUACAAGUAUUAUAGCUCUGACCCCAUUGCUCGCUAAUCGCUAUCCAAAUGGGUGACAUUAGAAUUGAGACAACGGAGAAGCUGAAACAGCAGAAACCCAACCCCGACCGCCGAGAAAACACCGGCGGGCUUCUGACCCACAUAGCCAAAUUCGCUAUCGACUCCACCGUCAACUACUCUCUCAAACUCAAAGCCCUCGCCGGUAGGAAGCAAGUGUAUGAAAUUGUGCAGGAACGAUUAAGGGAUCAAACCCUUUCAACUUGUCUGGAUGACAAGAAGAAACCACAAGAUGUUAAGUUAGGGAUGGAGGAGAUGCAAGCAAAAAUGGAGAAGAUGCAGGAAGACAUGAAUAUCGUAAAGCAACAACAUCAGAUAUCAGCCAAACAUGUAGAGAGAUCAGAUCACCCAAAAAAGAUGCCAGACAGAAGCAUUCAUGGAGCAGAUCUUCCUGAGAACAAUCGGAAAAAGAUCUUCAUCCGUUCCCGUCUUUGAAUAAGGUUUGUCUGAGUAACCAUAAAUGCCUGUAAGAAAACAGUCGGGGAAAGAACAUUUAAAAAGUCAACAAAAAAAAAUCCUAAUAGAAAAAAAUGUAAUGCAAAAUUGUAUCAGUGAGAAAUCGUAGUUUCUGAAGCUUAGAUUGCAUUUGUACUGUGUGAUCAAGUACAUUUUCACUGGAAAGCUGGAAUUUGAUAUGGAUGUAAUCAAUCAUGAACUUGAGCUGGAUGGUGUAUGCUGUGUUAUAUAUACUCGUUGUAGUUAUAGUCA